AUACGAAGACCCAGAUGGCAAAAACAGAUGGGAUAGUCCCCUCUUUACUGUUUAUCCAGAAACAGACAUAGACAAACCAGCUAUUUAUUCCAGUCUGUUCAAAAAGGCCCCUCCGAAGCCAAACCUAUCCACUCAAAAUGCCCCUUUAAGCUCCACCAAUUACCUGUAUGACUUGGAUCGGAUCACUAAAAGCAUUACUGAUCUUCUUAUAGCGGCUAAAAACAAUGGUACUGAAGGACAGUUGGCAGUUCCUGGAAGUACUGAAUCUAUGGAUGUUCCUCAAGUCAGUGUGCAUCAGCUGGUGUUGUUGAGGAGGCAGUACAUCACCUACUCAAAAAUGCAUACGCCUGAUGUGGACAGAAUUCCCGACUUGUUUGUACAGUAUUUAAGAACUAGUUUACAACAGAGUUAGUUGCGACUGUAGUAACUUCUUUUUUGCUGAGGUUUUUGUAUAUGUACAUAUAGUUCAGUGUCCCGGCCAAUACGUCCCAAAAUCGUUUUAUAUCAUUGAUCAAUUCGGGCACCAAUCAAACCCAAUUUUCAUUAGAAACCGAAGAAAUAUCAUGAACCCUCUCUUCAGAAUAAAGAGGGGCAACGAGGGCGGAGGAUACGCGUCCGCUUCGAGUCAUGCGAGUGCUUCUGCUAGUAGUGGUGGUGGGGGGCCCACAUAUUACGGAGAUUACGUGCCUAGUGUGGCUCAUGACCCCUCGGGAAUUAUUGGACAAGUUCAAAAUCUGUUGAACACUAUUCCUGGUGCUUCGGGAACCGGUGCACAGUCAUUUGCCAGCUCCAGUUCCAGCUCUAAUGCUGGAAAUGGAGCUGCUGGCCCGUCUUCAGGUCAAGGUUAUGGUGGUUUAGGUUCUGGGCAUGAUGCGGGCUACCAAGGGCCGGUACUUUUCUCAAGAAUUGGCGAAGCAGAAGGCACAGGAAUUCAUGUAUCUGGACAGGCAGCAGGAAAUAAAGGCGCAUUUGCUUCUACUUCUUCGAGGAUCGACGAUCAAGGCAAAAUUAAGUACUCCGUCCAGUCUGGAAAAUACUAAGCGCUUCGGAGAACAUGUUUACUUCACUCAAUUUUUUUAUAUUUUACCUUGUCCAGUAUGCAAACUGAGAAUAAGUCAAUCUUUUCAUUCUUAUCCACUUCAGUUACUUACAGAUGAUUUAAAUGUGAUGUAUUCAAGGUUGUGAUGUAUCUAAUAAAACUUUAUAUUCUA